AUGUCUAACGCAUCACGAAAGAAGCUCUUGCUCAUGGGCCGUUCAGGCUCGGGCAAAUCGUCCAUGAGAUCCAUCAUCUUCUCCAAUUACUCAGCAUUUGACACGCGACGUCUCGGAGCAACAAUGGACGUCGAGCUCUCGCAUCUACGGUUUCUAGGCAAUAUGUCACUAACGUUGUGGGAUUGCGGUGGCCAGGACGUGUUUAUGGAAAACUAUUUUUCAAAUCAAAAAGACCACAUUUUCAAGAUGGUCCAAGUGUUGAUCCACGUGUUUGACGUUGAAAGCAAGCUGAUUAACAACGACAUUGAGAUGUUUGUUAAGGCGUUGACGAAUUUGCAAAAGUAUAGUCCCGACGCCAAGAUCUUUGUCUUGCUACAUAAGAUGGACUUGGUCCAAGUUGACAAGCGGCAAGAGUUGUUUACGGUGAUGAUGGACAAGUUGCAAAAGAUUAGUAAUCCGUACCAGUUUAAGUUAUUUGGUUUCCCCACGUCGAUAUGGGACGAGAGUCUAUACAAGGCAUGGUCGCAGAUUGUUUGUUCCUUGAUCCCGAAUAUCAACUUGUUCAACGAGAACUUGCUUAAAUUUAACCAAAUAUUGGAUGCCGAGGAGAUUAUCCUAUUUGAGAAAGCCACCUUUUUGGUGAUUUCUUCUACGGCUUCGAUUAUACAGCAGCAGCAACAACAACAGCAACAGCAACAGCAACAGCAACAGCAACAGCUAAAUCUGAACCUGAGCCUGAAGUCGAGUCUGAACCCGAACCUGAACCAGAACCAAAUACAUAAAGUCAGUGGACAAAGCCUAGUUAGCGACCCGCCUCUGAAUCCAGACGAAGAAUUGGAUCCCAAGCGAUUUGAGAAAAUCUCAAACAUAAUCAAGACUUAUAAACAAUCGAUAUCCAAAUUGCGGACCAACUUCACAAAUCUCAUCAUUCGCGGCAGCAAUGGCACCAGUUUCUACCUCGACGUCUUGACUGAAAACAUGUUCAUCAUGAUUGUUUUAAAGAACCAAACUGAAGUCUCCGAGGGGGUCAAAAUCAGCCAGAAUGAAGAAUUGUUGGUCUUGGACAAUAUCAAAGCUGCUAGGAAAUGGUUUGAAAAGAUUGAAAACUCCAAAUGA